AUGUCGACAAAUCCAACAAUCAGUACAAAACGACAUCACUAUCAACAACAACUAUCCACUACACAAUCAUUAACUAGUAGUUUUAAUGAACGAGAUAUAUUAAACACUACACAAAACGAAAAUUCUAUACAAAAUUUAACGGGUACAUUGGUAACUUUAAUAUUUCAUGUGCCACUUACUUCACAAGAUAAUCAACAGUUAUUAUUAAAUAGUUAUGCAUCUUGUCGUCGACUACUCAAUUGGGUGAAGGAAAAAGUCGUUGUUGCUCCAGAUGAUAAAUCACAUAAUAUGAUUUUAGAAAUGAUUGACUUCAUGGAUAAUGAUGGUAAACUCAAAGAAUUAAAUACUCAUUCGGAAGAAUAUGCUACACACUAUUUAGUGCCAAGAAGUACAUAUUAUGUUUUAAAAAUCGAAGUGGACAAUGCUAGUGGUGAAAAGCGGUACACGGCAAUUUUUAAUUUUGACCAACUUGAUCAAAAACUUUGCACAGUUUUAACAAACUCUCUCAAUACAUUGAAUAGUGGAAAAUCAUUUGUUCCGUCUAAAAAACGUCCACCUCGAUUGAAUACAUCAGCACAAUCGACUACCAAUGCUACGAAUCAAACACGAACAAAACGGGGUCCAACUAAAAAGCAAACGUCUUGA